CCACUUCUCAUAAAAUAUAAGCCCCAUUUUCUUUUCUUUUAGCAAAGGAAUCAAUCAAAUAUAAAUAUGAAAAGGGUCUGCUUCCUUCUAAAAUUUGUAUCCAAGGACAACUAUCUUUUAUUAACAACUUGUACCACUCUCUGUCUCUUAAGAGCAAGGGAAAAUAUCCAAACCCUGAAAAUAACUACAAAUUAAUGAAAGAGUUUUUACACAUGAAUUUAUUCUUUUUUUUAUUUAUGAUAAUGAUCAAUUGGUACUAAUUACUUUCCAAAGAAAAAGCUAUAGGCACAUCUACUCCCUCUCUUUAUAUAAAGGAAAAUAAACUCUUCCUAGGAGCUGAUAAGGUGUGUAAGUUAUCCGUUACACCAAAUUGCGCAUCUCCUUCUGAUAAACAAAAUUUUUACUUUUAUUUUGAUUUUUGUUUUUCUUUUAAUGCAACAGAGAAAUUAUGUGAUAUAUUGGGUCUCUCAAUUCAUUUUAUCAUACUAAAGUCUGUCCUCUUGGGAGAGUCUGCACCCCCCUUUCUGUGUCUCAAUAUGACAGUCAGAUCAUCAGCACUAAAGUUUUUAAGAUUGGUGGCACGAGCCUAGCUGGGUCAUGACUUGCAAUGGGAUGGCUUUCUUCCCAGCCAAUUUCAUGCUACAGACUCCCCGCGAAGAUGAUCAUCAGCCUCCUAACUCUCUCAAUCCAAUUCUACCCUCAUGCGCACCUCAAGAUUUCCAUGGUGUUGCAUCGCUUCUAGGAAAGAGAUCCAUGUCGUUUUCAGGUAUUGACGUGUGUGAAGAAACAAAUGGGGAGGAUGAUUUGUCUGAUGAUGGCUCACAGGCCGGAGAAAAGAAGAGGAGGCUGAACAUGGAGCAGGUGAAAACACUUGAGAAGAAUUUUGAGUUGGGUAACAAGCUUGAGCCCGAGAGGAAAAUGCAGCUGGCUAGAGCCCUUGGUCUGCAACCAAGACAGAUUGCUAUAUGGUUCCAAAACAGGAGGGCCAGGUGGAAGACCAAGCAAUUGGAGAAAGACUAUGAUCUCCUUAAGAGACAGUUCGAAGCAGUUAAAGCAGAAAAUGAUGCACUCCAAGCUCAGAACCAGAAACUUCAUGCUGAGAUGUUGGCGCUAAAAAGCAGAGAGCCAACUGAGUCCAUCAACCUCAAUAUUAAAGAAACUGAGGGUUCUUGCAGUAACAGAAGUGAGAACAGUUCUGAUAUCAAGCUAGACAUCUCAAGGACACCAGCAAUUGACAGCCCUCUAUCCACCCAUCCAACCAGCAGACCCCUAUUUCCAUCAUCUAUUAGGCCUGCGGGUGUGGUCCAACUCUUCCAAAAUUCAUCAUCCAGACCAGACCUUCAAUGCCAGAAGAUGGAUCAACCAGUCAAAGAAGAAAGCUUUUGCAACAUGUUCUGUGGCAUGGACGAUCAAUCUGGAUUUUGGCCAUGGCUGGAACAACAGCAUUUCAAUUGAAUCCAACCCCAACUACGCAAUAGAGGAAUAUAACAUUCGCAGUUUGGCAAUGUUUCAGUGAUCAGAUGAUUAAGUGGAAAUUUACCAUAUCUUAAUUAUGAGUUUAAAUUCAUGUUUUGGUGUAUUGAAAUUGGUGUAUAAAGUAGAGUAUAUCAAGUUGAAUUUCUGGUGGGCUUCAGAUCUUUAUUGAGCAAUAAAGGGGUAUGUGUUUUUGAGUAAUA